UCUUGCAAACAACCUAACACUUUUGCCUUCAUUUCUGUUUCAACUACCAAAUGGCCGAAGCAAUUGCUUUCGACAUUGCGGCGGGGAUCAUUACCAAAUUGGGCUACCGUGCUCUCUCUCAAAUCGGACUGUGGUGGGAUUUCAAAGAUGAUCUCGAAGAGCUCAAACGCACCGUCACCAGAAUCCAAGCUGUGCUGCUUGACGCGGAGGAGCGAUCGGUGACCAGCAAUCUUGUCAAAGUUUGGCUUCAUGAGCUGAAAGAUGCACUGUUUGAUGCGGAAGACUUGCUGGAUGAUGUCCAGACUGAAGCCAUGCGGAAGGACCUGAUGAGUGGGAACAAGCUGUCGAAAGAGGUACGUGUUUUCUUCUCAAGCUCAAAACUAGUAAAUGUCAACCCUAUGUUUUGAAAGGCUUGUCUGAUGAUGACGCUUGGUCUUUGUUCAAACAAAUAGCAUUUGAGCAAAGAGAUGCGGACUCAACAAAUCCUGUCUUUUUGGAAAUAGGAACGCAGAUUUUGGAAAGGUGCGGUGGGGUUCCCUUAGUCAUAAGAACUAUAGCUAGUACGUUAUCCAUUAAAGAAACUGAAAGAGAGUGGUGUUCUUUCAAAGAUAAUGAACUUGCUAGAAUAUCUCAAAAAGAUGGUGAAAUUUUACCUACACUCAAGCUGAGUUACGAUCAUCUUCCAGCCCAUUUGAAGCAUUGUUUUGCUUAUUGCAGACUGUACCCAAAAGAUCAUGAAAUUGAUGUACAAACACUUGUUCAACUUUGGAUUGCACAAGGUUUUGUAAAGCAAUCAGAGCCGAAUCAAUCUCUCCAAGAGAUUGGGUUGGAUUAUUUUAAAGACUUA